AUGGCCACGAAAACAAUCGCCUCAUGGGCAUUGGCCCUCCAAUUUGCUCAUAUUCCAAAUCCCGUUCUUGAUAUCUCCGUUAAAAGUAUCUACAACUGGGCUGGCUGUGCCAUUGGUGGGUACUCUCAACCAGCUGCCGGCGUUACUUUCGAAGCUGUGACACCUUUCCUGAGUAGCCAGGGAAAUUCUACUAUCUUGGCCACAGAGACACUGGUCGACGCCCAGACAGCAGCACUGAUCAAUGGGAUAGCAUCUCACGCAGAUGAUUACGACGAUACACAUCGGGACAACCCAAUUCAUCCUUCGGGGCCUGUACUGUCAGCCCUGCUUGCUGUGGCCGAAUGGAAAGCGCCGGUAUCAGGAAAGGACUUUGUGGCGGCCUUCGUCGCCGGCGUAGAAGCUGAGUGCAAAAUUGGCGUCUCGGUUUUCCCAGAACACUAUAAUGUAGGAUGGCACAUUACAAGUACUGUAGGUUCAGUGGGAGCUGCAGUUGCUGUUGGGAAAAUACUCGGCUUGGACCUGCCCAAGCUUCAACAGGCCAUAUCGAUUGCGUCCGUGCAGGUCACUGGUAUGCACGAAUCUUUUGGAACCGAUACGAAACCAUUCCAUGUAGGGCGUGCAGCACAGAAUGGACUCAUGGCGGCAGGGCUAGCAGAAAAAGGUUUCAGUGGAUCUCUUAAAAGUCUAGAAGCACCCAGAGGCUGGUCGCAUGUCAUCAGUACCCGGGAGAAUCUGACCGCUGAAGUGAACACUCUUGGUCAGCGCUGGGAGUUACUGCUCAACACGUUCAAGCCAUUCCCUUGCGAUCGAAUUAUACACCCUGCAAUCGACGGCUGGAUCCAGGUGCGAGAGCAGGCAUUGAAUGAAGGCUUAGAUCUAGGAGAAAUCACAAAUGUGACAGCACGUACAGCUCCGCGCGUCUUAUUCUUAACGGACAACAAGACACCCACAACGGGCCUGGAGGGAAAAUUCAGCGUAUACCACGCGGCAGCCGUGGCACUCCUCAGUGGUGAAGCCACCCCGACACAGUUCACUAAUGAGAUGGUACGCAACACGACUGUAAUCGCACUGCGGGAGAAGGUGGUGGUGACGAGCGAUGAAACAGUCGAAGAACACGAGGCUUAUGUCACGGUUGAGUUUUCGGGCGGCAAAAAGAUCGAGUUGCAUGUCGAGCAUGGCCUUGGCAGCUAUGAGAACCCGCUGAGUGUUGAAUUCCUUCGUACCAAGUUCAUUGAGCAAGUUGCAAAGAGGAUCGGCGAUGUCAGGGCUGAGAAAGCAUAUACGGCAUUUUUGGGCAUUGCGAACGUGACAGAUGUUGGCAUGCUUGCACGGUCGUACAAAGCUUAA